AUGGGGUCACAUGAACGGGAGGGACCGCGGAGCACCAAGGGGGCAGCCCGGUCCCCGGUGAGAGUUCACAGGAUCCCUGGUCUCCGGCUGCACACUGGGCUGAGGCUCCUGCCCCCAGAGGGUCAGGGUGACGUAGCGGUGUGGCCAGCCUCGGAGGAGGCGGCUCUACCCUCCGACCCACCCGUUUCCUCUAGCCCUGGAGGUGGACCAGCGUCUAAAGUCCGGCAUCUUUCAGGUGAACUGAGCACAGCACCCGGCACGCGGCCCACGGGGCGAGGCCUCGGACCCCCAGGCGCCACCGCCAUGAAGCACUCACCCAGCCUCGAGUCUGGGCCCCGUCCCCCUUCCCUAGGUGCUCCCCACCCCCACCCCGGCCCGGGGGACCCCGCCUUCAAACCCCCUCCCCGGGCCCCAUCCCGAGUGUCCUCCGCGGAGCGCCUCUUCUUCCAGGGCUCUCGGGGCGGCGUGCCCCAGAGCGCGGCCCUCUGA